GUGGGGAGCUGCUGCACGGCUCCCCGGGUGGGGAGCUGCUGCGGGGGGGGACACCCCCGAUUUCCUUUGGCUGGGGAGUCUCCGCUCUCUCUUACCCACACAGCACAUGAACCAGUGCCACCAGGGGUCAAGUUCUUGGCAGACUCCCCUGCGCUUCACCAUCCAGGACCAGACUCUUCGUCGGCCAGGUCGGAGCGCCGUUUUGCCCGGCCGCAACUCUGUCUGGAUGGAGGGUAGCGGGGCCAAAUCGGAGGGGCAUUGUCAGCCCAUGCACCAGGUCGCAACACCACUCACCGCAGUGUGGCCUGGCCACCCUCCAUCUGUACGGAGGGGAGGACGGGUGACAUUCCAGUGGCAUUGGGCCCAUGCACACAGAGCAAUGCUCUGGAUUACUCUGGUAGCAGCUGGACGGAGUUACUACGGGAGCACGGCUGAAAAGUGGUUGGAGCAGGACCUCCCCCAGCUCCAUGGCCAAUGGAACUUUGAGCAAGUGUAAAGACUAGGGAGGGGAGGGAAAGAGGGGACGUUUGUUCCCCCUAAUUGGCACAACUACCCCCCACCUUCCCCUCCCUCUGCUGUUCCGUGGUGAACGCACUGGAAAAGAACUAGAUAAGGUAAUAACCCAGCGCGAGUGGGUCUCUAUGCGGUCCCCUCUUUCCACCAUGGCUGGGAUGAGAACCGGCCGUGCCCUGUUCCUCAGCCUUCCGCUGGCCUCUGGUGGGACAAAAGUGCAAUUGCAGGGCGUGAUUACGGGCAGAACAAUGAAAAUGGAGGAAAAUGACCUACUGGUAGAGGUUCGACCACCCCCAGGGGACCGGGUCCUGGCAGGGGUGUUGGAACAAUUUGUAUAGUGGGGGUGCUGAUUCAGAGCCAUUGAACCAAACUGUAAACCAUGUAUAUAAUGGAAACCACUUCAAGCCAGGGGGUGUGGUAGCACCCCUAGUUCCAGCACCUAUGGGUCCUGGGAGUGGAGUCUAUGAACUGGAGGUCUAGUCGGGCAUGGGGUGAGGCGUGGAUGCUGGUAGACCUGGAGGGGGGCAGGUUGGAGGGGGCUGGGUCAGCAGUUGAACCAUCCUGGUAUUCCUUGAGCCACAUCUCUGGCCAGGUGUGAGGAAUCUGGCAUGGUCACAUCCUAAAGGGGCAGGACCGCGGGCUCCAGCCCUUCUGUGGGGACCUCGUCAGUAUGCUAAAGUGCCAAGUUUGGGGAAGCCUCCCGUGUGCCACUGAAUGCAAAUUAUGUCAGGAGACGAUUUGCAUAUUUGCAUAUGACCCGUAACUUUAUUAUGAUUAUGUUUUGAAUGGUGUGGGUUUAUUGCUGGUGAAGUGCAUUAGCUGACAGCUCUGGCGGGGGCACCCUCCCCUGUCAUCCAUUACCCCCUUCUCAGAUCAUUGUCAGACCCUGUCCUAUGUGUCCUCCACUGAGUCUCCACCAGUCCCCCCACUCAGUCCCACAAGCCUCUGUCCCCUGUUCAUUCCCCCCCACCCUCAGACCCCCGCCCCGUUCUGUCUCCCCAUCAGCCUCCAUCCCUUUCAUUCACCAGAAGGCAAAUCAGAAGAACCCCAAUUAUUAUUUAAAAAAAACUCCUGAUUUUUAAGCCAAUCUCAUGAUUUUUUUUGGAGGGGGGAACAUGACUCAUGGUUUUUGGUUGCUUGGGGUUGGUGUUCAUAAAACCAGGUAGAAGGAACAAAAGCCUCCCUAAUCACCUUGUAUAAUCCCAUCCUAGAGCCGCCUCCUUCUAGACCCUUGUAAAUAUCUUAGGACAUGUGUGAUGUUGCAUGAAACAGUAGCCAGAAAAGUUACUCAUGGCAGGAGAAGGAUGGCCCAGUGGUCUAGGACUUGGAGACCUGAGUUCAAGUCCCUGUUGUACCACAGACUUCUUGUGUGACCUCGGGCAAGUCACUUAGCUGCUCCGUGCCUCAGUUCCCCCAUCUCUACAAUGGGGAUAACAGCACCGCCCUACCUCCCAGGGCGCUGUGAGAAUAAAUACGUUACAGAUUGUGAGGUGCUCCGAUACUAGGGUAAUGGCAGUAACACCUGGCAAGUUUCCCUUGUUUCAGUGGAGCAAAUAAAAACCGGCAUUGACAGCGAUUCAGGCUUGGGCCUCAUUCUACCUGGUGUUAAUAUCCAAAGCAGCAGCAUUUCUUACGGCCAUGUCCACACACCCACGCUGAGAUCAUUCUAGUGGUACAACGUCCCCUAGUGUGGACGCAGUCACGCUGGCAUAAAUGUACUUAUCCCAGAAUCGCUAUUCCUGGGCGGGAAGGGGGCUAAGCUGUACUGUCCUGAGGUGUCUUUAUACUAGUGUAAACUCCACCCUAGGCCCUGGUAGUUCCUGCUGUAACUAGAACAGAAAAAGUCCCAUCCCCUAACCGACAAAGUUAUACCGGUCCACCCGUAUGAAGUGCAGGCCUAAAAUGCAGAGAGCAGUGCUAAAGUCUGCGGCCUCCAAGGAACCUAAUUCUUCUCUCCUCUACUCUGGGGUCAAUCAGGAGUGACUCCACUUGAGUCACUGAAGUUACUUUGGUUUAAAAGGCGGGGGAUGAGACCAGAUUCCGGCUCCCCCUGCCCAGCUCCCCUCUUCUCCAGACCUGCUCCUGGUUUCUGGCUCUUUUUUCUGGCUCUCUCUUUCUCUCUCCAUCCCCAGCGUCUGACCGCUCUCCCUAGCCGGUUUGCUCCUCUCUCCCCUGCCGUGAUGGGAGGGAGCGGUGACCGCAGAGAGAGCAGGCCGGUGAUGACAUGCUCGGCAGGAGGCUUUCAUUGGGUUAGAACUGUGAUGUCAUAAUGCCGGUGGCUGACAUCAGGCAAGGAGGUGCAACUCCGAGGCGCUAUGCUGGAGCUGAAAUGGCUGCUUAUCAGAGGUCCCGCCUGUGGAGGCGCCACACCAUGCACAAGGAGAAGGAAGCCAAGAACGCAGAGAUGAAGAUCAACUGCAGAGACAUCAUAUGCGUCCAGGAUAACUGGGACGUGGAGGAGUUUGUCUCAAAGGUGUGCAUGGGCAGGUUUCUCAACCAUCCCGCCUUUAAAAUCACGCUGGCCGUGCUCAUCAUCGGCAACGCGCUCAUCAUCGCCAGCCGGACGGAGACGAAGGUCGAAGAGAAAUACUACGGGUUGUUCUCUGCCAUAGAUAACAUUGUCUUGACUGUCCUUACCUGUGAGGUGCUUCUCAACUGGUACUAUGGAUUCUGGAUGUACUGGAAGGACGGUUGGAACGUCAUCAAUUUUUUUAUCGUGGCAUAUCUCUGCGUGGGGCCUUUCAUCCCUGUGCUGAACAACCAAAAAAUUUUCUGGGCCCUCAGGGUGAUGAGGCUGAUGCAGGUCUGCAUGCUAGUCAGCGGGUUGGCCAGGAUGAUCCGGGUGAUCCUACAGUCCAUCCCAGACAUGGCCAAUAUCAUGGCCCUGCUCUUUGUCAUCAUGCUGGUCUUUUCAGUGUUCGGAGUGACACUCUUUGGAAAUCUGGUCCCGAUGCACUUUGGAAAUCUAGGGAUAUCUUUGUAUUCGCUCUUCAUCUGCCUCACGCAGGACGGCUGGAUAAACAUAUAUAAGAUCUUUGAGGAAGAGGGGAUCGCCCUGAAAAUAGGGGGUGCCCUUUACUUUUUCAUCUUCAUCACGGGCGGGGCCUUUAUCUGCACCAACCUGCUGGUGGCCGUGGUGACGUCAAACCUGGAGCAGACAAUGCUCGCCUACUCUGAGGAGAAGCAGAAAAGAGACCAGCUCCUCCACCCCGACAAAUUCGUGGACCGGAAGUUCAAUGUUGGGGAUGACAACUCAUCUCCGGAGCUGAACUUGGUGCAUUUGAAAGCAGUGAUGCAGGAUACUCCCAUGACGCAUCACCAGAUGCCGCUGAUCUCCGGCAACCUGGGCAACCUGACUGAAGCUACCUGUGACGAUUUCUGUCUCAUCUUGGAAGGGAUUCAAGAGAACCUGAAACGAUACAAAGAGAUCCGGGAUGAGCUUAGCACAAUAGUCAAGGAGGUGAGGUCCAUCGCGUUCAAUAAAGAACAGGAGGAGGAGAGAGUGCUGCGAAACAUCCAGAACACUAACAUCUCUGACGGCCUGCUUAGCAACGAGGUGGCUGCUGGCAGGUCUGGAGAUAUCCUGUCCACGCUGAUGACUCUGGAGAAGGCGAACAUGAUUGACCCACAGGAUGUCACGUCAUCAGGGUACCACAAGGGGGCAGUGAAGAUGGCCUUCUUGAAAGCCCGACGCCAGUCUCUUCUUAACCAGUCAGUCCUUCCUUAGCCGUGCCGGAGCGGGACCAUGGAGCUGUGAGUGGGAAUCUUCCCCUGGACCGUGCAACCGUGGAGCUGCGGCGUAAAUGCUUCCUUUGUAACAGAGGCGGAUUUAUUUGCUUGGCUGAGGAGACGCUUCUGUCUUUGGGAUGCCGAGGAGCGAGUGUGGACGAGGGAUCAGAGCUCCAAGGAGCACGCGCCAUGAAAUACCAGCUUCUAGACGGACAAAGCCAGACCUGGAGGAGUGGCAGGAGACAGGGGUGGCUUGGAUUAAUGCCAGGUCUAUCAUGUUUACUGUGUGCAUUGGGAUGACUCUGAUAUGGCCUGGACUGUCUCUUGGAUGGAGACCAUGUCAGAAUAUUCAUGGUUUGUUGCCUCCAAAGCACAAAGCAAAGAACAUCAGGGAAAGAAGAGUUGCUGCACAGCCCGCGCCUGUGGUCAGAGCAUCGGCUCCCACCCUCUGUCCCAGCGCCCCUGGGCAUGUGUCUGUGUAAGUCUCAGGGGAAAUCACCUUUGGGUACCUUUGCACAGGUGAGAACAGAGCUGUCCAGGUGGUAAGAGCAGGGAUGCAGGAUGAAGCACUGGGUGUUCAUGCUUGUGCCCGUAAAAGGGGCUUCUCUUGCAGCGUCAGGACCGGAUGCAAUGUCUAAAUCUGGAAAAUGUGUGGUGGAGCAGAAGAUGUGUCCAUCACGUUGUCCUGGCUGAUGCCUCCUUGAGACUCUACCGACAGGCAGCUACCUGGAAGUCCAGGACUAGUUGCACAGGCCCUGCCCUGUGCAGUGCGUGGAAAAGGGCUGAUGACAUUAUUUCCCACUUUUAAUACCCAUUAUCAAGUUCUGGACCAUGUUCCCUACCUUGGCUGCUCAUGACGGUGAGGGACACAACCCAGUGAGGUGCUGACGUGUCUCCUGGAUGGGAUCGUUUGACUUCCCAAAGGCAGGAGGUGCUCCGUCUCACCUCUGCGCUUCCCACCCAGCGCUCUCCAGACUCCAGGGGCAGAAGGCGAUUGCUCUGCUGCAGCUGUAUCUGAUCCCAUGUUCGUUGGACUCCAGCACUCCUGUAGCCUCGCGUUAAAAUGAGCAGUGUCGGGGGAAAGCAGCUGUAGCGGCUGCCAGCGUAUUUGAGACGAAUACUCGUCAAGAAAUCCGUGGCUUGUGUCGAUCAGCUGUGACGCUUGUGCUGGUCUCGGAUGAAUGAUCAUAAUAAAGAGCAUUGAGCUGUGUUUCUGAA